GGGUGGGCCUCCACAUUCACACAGCUGGAACCCAUCUCCAGGAACGAAUAGCUGGAUCCCAUUUGCAGUAGGAAGAGAACUGGGAGAUUUUGGAGCCUCUGUUUGAAGAGAUGAUGGGUCUGGGCCCCUUGCUGUUGGUCUUCAUGUUGGGUCUGAGUCUGACCCCACCGACCCUGGCUCAAAAUAACCCGAGAUACAGAGCCUUCCUGACCAAGCACUAUGAUGACAAACCACAGGGCCGGAAUGACAGAUAUUGCGACGUCAUGAUGCAGAGACGAGGCCUGACCAGACCUUGCAAAGAUACCAACACCUUUAUCCAUGCCAACACUAGAAAGAUCAAGGCCAUCUGUGAAAAUCCGAAUGGAAACCGUCAGCAAGAAAGGAAAGAAAGUGCAUCUGCUUUCCAGAUCACUACCUGCGAACACAGAGGAGGGUCCUCCCGGCCUCCAUGCCGUUACCGAGCCAAACCGUCAUACAGAAACAUUGCUGUGGUCUGCGAAGAUGGCCUACCUGUCCACUUCGACGAGUCCUUCAUUAGUACUUAACCAGCAGGCCAUGGGCUGGGCUGGCUCUGCUCCUCGUUCCUCUUGUUUCCCCUCUGCGCCCCAGGACAGAGGCGGUAACGCUCAGGGGCCCAGAACAUGAGACAUCUGGACCUUUUUUCCUUCUGUUUCACUUGUUUAAUAAAUAAAGAUGUCUCUGAAAUCAGCAAGAA